UCCAUAUGUUUAUCCAUUUUGUCAAUUUUGCCACCUUCUUUCCAACAUCACUCACUCAGCCAAAAACAAUCUACAAAAUCACCUUGUUAAUUACUUCGAACCGCUCAGCCUGAAAAUGUCGUCCACGGAGGAAGGAAGCGGCACCGUCGGAGCUCCCGGCAGAGCAGUUUCCGCUGAUCAAACAAUCAUCAACAACAAUCCCCUAGAGACGAUCAUUCCAAUACAGUGUACGAACUUCCUUCUCAGCAAUGGCGAAUUAGAGAAUCUCCGGUCAUUAGACGAAGCUUUCAAAGGCAACCAACUCGAACCCACAGCCAAACCAUUGAUACAAAGAGUCCCAUCAACCCUUGGCCGUCACAAAGAUUUCAGGAAGUAUUUCAAGCCGAAAGUGAUCUCAAUCGGCCCACUCCACCACGAUGAUCCCACCCUCCAUGGAUCCGAGAAGCUCAAGCUCAAAUUAGCAGCACAUUUCGUCAAAAACAUUGGCGUCAAUAAGGAAACCUUGUACAACAACAUGAAGACAGAGAUCGGUGGCUUGAAGAAAUGCUAUGAUCCAAAGGAAUUAGAGAAGUAUAGCAACGAUGACGAGAAACUGGCUUGGAUGUUCUUCGUUGACGGCAGCGCAAUUUUACAAGCAAUUUAUAUGCGUUACGGUAAUGAUGAUGUUGAUGACCAAGAUAAUGAUCCUAUGCCGAACGAAUUGUUGAUUAAAAACGAUUUGCUGACAUAUGUAUACUUGGACCUGUUCUUGUUGGAAAACCAAUUACCUUUUCGAGUUCUUGAAUUGCUUACAAGCUGGGGGGAAAAUGGCGAAAAGUUCAUGAAGGCAAUCAAAAGGUUCAUCGACGACAAUGUUAUCACCCCAGCCGAGAUGAAAGAGCCACAAUCGCAUCAGCAGGACAGGUAAUUUAAGGGAUUUAAAUAUUUAAAAAAAUUGUAGAGUUUAUAAAUGUUGAAGGAUUUUAUAACUAAAUUAGUGAUGGAAUACUAUUCUUAUUUUCAGUCGGAUUA